UCUCCUGUGUAACAGUCUCUGCACAGUAUAAUGCUUUGUAAGGUAUCUACUGUUACAUCUUUUAGAUGUUGGCUGAAGACCUUCUCUUUAUCUAGGCCUCUCCUGGAUGAAUGAGAUUGAGGAGAUUAUCAACAAAGUAUAGAACAGAAAAGAUCUACCCAACCAUCACUGGAGAAAAAGAAGAAAAUGUGAAAAAGAACAGAUACAAAGAUAUACUGCCAUUUGAUCACAGUAGAGUUAAACUGACGUUAAAAACUCCCACACAAGAUUCUGACUACAUCAAUGCAAAUUUUAUUAAGGGAGUACAUGGGCCAAAAGCAUAUGUUGCUACCCAGGGACCACUAGCAAAUACAGUAAUAGAUUUCUGGAGGAUGAUAUGGGAGUACAAUGUUGCAAUUAUUGUAAUGGCCUGUCGAGAAUUUGAAAUGGGAAGGAAAAAAUGUGAACGUUACUGGCCACUGUAUGGGGAAGAAGGUGUUUCCUUUGGACCAUUCCACAUUUCUUGUGAAGCUGAACAGGCCAGAACAGAUUACUAUAUUAGAACUCUGCUAUUUGAAUAUCAGAAUGAAACACGUCGAGUAUAUCAGUUUCAUUAUGUCAAUUGGCCUGACCAUGAUGUCCCUUCAUCUUUUGAUUCUAUUCUGGAUAUGAUCAGUCUAAUGAGAGAAUACCAGGAGCAUGAAGAUGUUCCCAUCUGUAUACACUGCAGUGCAGGAUGUGGAAGAACAGGAGCCAUCUGUGCCAUAGAUUACACAUGGAAUUUGUUGAAAGCUGGGAAAAUACCAGAGGAGUUCAAUGUGUUUAAUUUAAUACAAGAAAUGAGGACACAAAGGCAUUCUGCAGUGCAGACAAAGGAACAGUAUGAACUUGUUCAUCGAGCCAUAGCACAGUUGUUUGAAAAACAGUUACAAAAAUACGAGAGCUGUGCAGCUUGGAAAAUUGCAGAUGGAUUGAAUGAAGUUAACACAGAGAACACCAUCAGUUCUGGAGACCUUGAGAAACAGGAUUCUCCUCCCCCCAAGCCACCUCGAACUCGCAGUUGCCUUGUUGAGGGAGAUGUAAAAGAAGAAAUUUUGCAGCCUCCAGAGCCUCAUCCAGUACCUCCCAUUUUAACACCGUCACCUCCUUCAGCCUAUCCAACUGUUACAACCGUUUGGCAAGACAAUGAUAGAUACCAUCCAAAGCCUGUUUUGCACAUGGUUUCUUCAGAGCAUUCAGCAGACCUCAAUGAAAAUUAUGAUAAAUCAACUGAAUAUUCAGGGAAGAAUGAACUCUCUGAGCAUGUAGAUAAAAAGCUGGAACGCAACUUGAGUUUUGAAAUUAAAAAAGUGCCCCUUCAGGAAGGACCACGAAGCUUUGAUGGAAACCCUCUUCUAAGUCGGGGAAAUGCACUUAAAAUUAAACCAAGUGCAUGUAGUACAGUGGAUAUGACCUCUAAAACACAGGAGUGCGGCUCAGGAGAUGCACCUACGGAGCCUGUGCAAAACACUUGCAUAGAAUACAAUAUGCAGCCAGUUAAUCAAGUUGUAAUAUCUUCCCUGGAAGGACAUCAGUGUCUUACAACUUCUGAUGCUCUGGAAAGACCAGACUGUUUGCCCCUUAAAGAGAAGGGACAUGCCAUGUGGUCAUUACAAGAAACUAAAAAUGAACAGCCAAUAUCAGAGGAUGCAUCUUCAUCUGUUUUAUGUCAUGAAAUUAAAAAUCUGUAUGUAGACUCAAAUGUGCCAGUCCAAAUGGACACCCCUUCCAGUGAACCAGCAGUUUUUUAUCACAGCGGCGUGCUCUCAGUUAGAGCACCUCUUUGUUUUACAAAUCCUCUGCAUUCUGAUGAUUCUGAUACAGAUGAAAGAAACUCUGAUGGGUCCAUGGCACAAAGCAUGUCUAAUGUUUCUAUUGCAAGUGCCACCGUUUCUGCAGCUGCUAAUACAGAAAACAUUUCUGCUAGAAAAGUAUUGCCAAUGUCCAUUGCCAGACAGGAUAAUCCAGUCAUAAUGCAUUCUAAAUCUGAUAAAGGUGCAAUUGAUGAUUUUUCUCCUCCCUUACCAGAAAGAACUCUGGAAUCGCUUGUGCUUGCAAGUCAACAAGUCACAGCUUUGCCAAAAAGUACUGUUCUUCAACAGCCUGCUGAAUGGAAUUUGUUACAAGACCAGAAAACUUCUGAACAACCAGAAUGUACAGGAAUGAAAAUGACUGGGUCUUCACAACUUGAUAGCCCAGAACUAGGAGACAAAUCCCAGACUGAUACAAUACCUCAACCAUCUUCCUCCAGUCCAAUUCCUAAAAGACAGCCAUCACCAGAUGUUGCAUUUGAGACUACAGAUAUUGGGUUUGGUAACCGUUGUGGAAAACCAAGAGGACCAAGGGAGCCACCUUCAGAAUGGACAUGAUGCAAGAACAAAUAAUACACAUAUUAAAUUAUACUGGAAUAUUCAAGUGCCACUGAACAAGAUCCAUAGUAUUCCAACGCUUUAUUUUUUGGAACUAACAGUGUACAUAUACACAAUGGUACACUUUUGUAUACAUCUACACAAAUAUUAAAGAUUCAAAAUGGUGGAUUCUAUACUUCAAUCCUAACUUUUUGCUGGGGCCAUCAAUCUGCCUUAUUACAUUUUAAAGAAGUAUUACUUAUGGUUUGUUACUUCAAGUAUUAUUGCCUUAAUGUCUUUUAAACCUGUUAAACACUGUUUAUAGACAUGUUAAUAUGGUGAAACCUUUGACAAAUUGAGUUUAUGGACACCCUUUUUGCUAAUGUUUGAUUACCAUGUACAUUUUAUUUUGUGUAUGUACAGGGCAAGCAGGUAUAUAAUUUGAUAAAGCUGCAAUCAUAAAGUAUUAACAGAAGGUGUAAGAAAUCUCUGCAUGAACUAAAGUUGUGUACCUUGUAAAUUAUUUGCCCUAAUGUUUUAGAAAAUAGUUUGUUUUUUUAAAAAAAAUGUUGGGUGCACAUUCAGAAUUACAGAAUAGCAGAGAUGAAGAUUAUAAUACAUUUUGUAAAUUGUAAGCAAAAGGUUAUUUUUAUAUUAUAUACUGUUUAACUGUCAGUCCUAAUUUGUCCUGGUUUUCAUCUAGUCACUGAUAUUCCGUAAGUGCCUUGAAAGACCAGAUUUUUAGCAUGAACAGGUUACAUAUUGAGACUAGUGUUAUCAACAUAUUUGAACUGUCAGUAAAAGAACAUUUUAAACUC